UUCUCUCCAGAACUGGCUCAGCUGAGAAAGCAAUACCUGAAGGUCGUCGUGCCCGCCAUCGUGCUCGUGCUAUUGCUGAUGUGGACAUGUCUACCUCUCUACUGGGGAGCCGUGGCGGAUCCAGAAGAUCUUACGAGUAACCUGAGUGCAUGGUUUAUCAACCGUGAUGGCUCACAAUUAGGAAACGACCUCUGGAAUGAAAUUAACAACGAAAACGGUACUGGCCCUCGGUUAAAGUGGUCGCUCAUCGAUGCUCAGGUAGCAGGAACUGAUGAAGACGUUGCCAACGCAGUAGUUGACACAAAAGCCUGGGUAGCUUUAGUGGUUGAGAGCGGGGCAACUCAGUCGUUAGCUCUCGCGCGUGAGACCGGUAACAGUACGUAUGAUCCGACGUCAGCCAUUACUGUGUACUAUGCACAGGCUAGGCACGAAGUAGCCACCGGCAGCUAUUUGAUGCCAGCAGUCACCACAUUGCUCCAGACUACUACCACAGCAUGGGCUACAUCUUCCGCCCAACAGUACCUGGCCCUCACAUACGGAGGUGGCCAAGUUAACGCCACUGCACUGCAACUACUGGCCCAGGCUCCACAAACGAUAUCUCCAGGAGUAAGCUGGACGGUUAAUAAUCUUCGUCCUUUCAACGCACCGCUUGCUACCGCUGUCAUUACAGUUGGGCAAAUUUAUCUGUCCGUGUUUACUUUCAUCACGGCUAUGGCGCAUGCAGCCGCCAGAGUUCCAAUACAACGUCAUCUUCGUUUCUCGUCCAUCCUUGCAAUACGUCUUAUCGUUCCUUUGGUUGCCUAUAUUCCCAUGAGUAUCACAUACACCCUAGUCAGCUUGGCAUUCCAUUUACCUUUCGGCGCUAAGUAUAAUCCUACUGCAGGAUUUUUCCUCUUUGCUGUCUUUGUGUACUUGGACAUGGCCGCAAUCGGUCUGGCUUUGGAAGCUAUGAUCACAUUACUUACUCCAAAGUUUAUCCCAUUCUUUAUGAUGUUUAUGGUUGUUGCCAACAUCGCUUGUGUAUCCCUCCCGGACGACCUUCAAAAUGUACUCUACCGCUACGGUACAGGUUUCCCCAUGUACAACGUAUCGCUAGCCAUGCGCACCAUCGUGUUCAACACCUAUUCCUUGCUCGCUCGUAACGCAGGUAUCCUCCUUGGGUGGGCGUUGCUCUCGUGUUGCACACUUGUCCUCUUCACAUGGCAAGGGAGGCGGUCUGAAAUGAAUGCGGCUAAGAGGGAAAGCGCAGAGAGACGAGUAUCCAAUCUGCAGUUUGACAACCUACAGGAAGACAAGGAUGGGAUGCAGAUCGAUAAAAAACCUUGAUAAUAUCAAAGUGACGACUGAGAAUUCUCUGCUUGCAAUUACAGGGACAAGAUAAAGAGUAAGGUGAUUACUUCGUUUGAUGACGGAGGCCUGUAUACACUUAAUAGUCAGUAUAUAAUAUAUAGAAGUACUUAUUGCAAGUCGGUCAGCGUCGAUUUCAGAAUGAGUACCGUCUGGAAC